AUGUGGCACAGUUUGUUGAUUCUACCGUUCGUGGCGCUGGCGGUGGUGGCUGGGGCCUCCAUCAGCAUCGAUCCACGCUGCACCCGCUACACCCAGGGGAUGACGGCGCAGCUCUACGCUCACCUGCAGGACUGCCGGAAGUUCGUCAUGUGCGACGCCGGCGGCAACGGGCGGGUCAUGACGUGUCCGCCGGGUCUCUACUUCAACAACGACGAGCAUGCGUGCUCGUUCGAAACGGCCGGCUGUACGCACGGUGAGCUCGACGAGAGGUCCGACCCGGUUCCGGCCCCGCAGAUGCCCAGCGUUCCGUACGCACCGCCAAAACCGGUGCCAGUACCAUUGCCGGUUCCACUGCCAGCCCCCGUGGUGAUUCCCUCCAUUCCGAUCAUCGUUCCGCCCGUUGUGCCUCCGAAACCGGGGGUCAGCGAGUCACUCCAGCACCUGCAGAGGCAAUGCUGGGGUCAACCGUCGGGAGGCGUGUUCUCGGUGAUGGAGGACUGCGGUCUGUACGUGGUGUGCCUUGGCAGCAACAACGCCAUCGUUUCACGCUGCCCCAAGGGUCUGCUGUUCGAUUCGAAGCGGCUGAGCUGUGAGUUCUCCGAGAGCGCCAUCUGCUCGACGCCUCGCGCGGACGAGAUCGAGGACGCUUUGCCGGACGUUGUCGAGGAAGUGCCCCAACCGCCGGUCGUCAUUCCCGAGGCCGUGGAGCCGCAGAAACCGGUAGCACCGGAGGCGCCCGAGUACGCUUUACGCAUCCUGGACAACUAUCCGCCGUGCUUGGCCCGCGGUGACCUCUCGACGACCGCGGAGCUGCCGCACGCGGCCGACUGCUCGCUGUAUCUGGUGUGCGUGGGGCGUGUCGCCAUCGAGAAGCGAUGCCCGGGGGGCCAGCACUGGAACGCGGACCGUGGCUGGUGCGACUUUGCGGCCCAGGCCGGUUGCAAGCUGGAACUCACGCGCCCCGAGCUGUCUUCCGCAGCCGUGCAGAAUAUCCUACUGCUGUUCGUCCUGUCGAUGGUGGCCGUUGAUGCCGCGGUGACGGCCGUGCGCGAUGCCCGCUGUCCACGUGUAGACGAUCUGGAGCGGACCGUGCAUCUGGCCCAUCCGACCGACUGCAACCGGUUCCUGGUGUGUGCGUCCGGUAUGGCGUUCGAGAUGCGUUGCCCCGACGGUCUGGAGUACGAUCUGGAGCAGCUGAGCUGCGAUUACGACUACCUGGUGCGCUGCGCAACGGACGGGCGGAAACAGAUUCAGCAGGCCAACCAUAUCGUGCAACCGUCGGGCGAACCGGUGUUCAAUCGGCCCAGCUGGGAGGACCGGGAGGCUCCCCGGGCGGAGGUACCGAAGCCACAGUACAAACCGGCGGUCAGCGUCGUGGACGCACGCUGCCCCCGCACCGACGAUCCGAUGAAACCGAUCCACCUGCCCCGCACCGGAAGCUGUGCCAAGUUCAUGAAGUGCUUCGGAGGCCGUGCCUACGAGAUGGACUGCCCGGCCGGUCUCGAGUUCGACGUGAAGGAAGGGCGCUGCGAGUAUCCCGUGGAAGGCGGCUGUGGUCGCAUGUAG